GCUAACCGGAAACGGUCCAGUUUCAUGUAACAUUCGUGUCUGGGAGCAGCUGAGAGGUAUAUUGUUCAAAUAUCUAUGAUGUCCUGUAACACCAGUGUUACUCGUCUUCAUGCAUCAUCAGUGGGCCAGGCAGAGCGAGCCCCAGUCCACCUGAUGCCCUGUGAGAUUGAACACAAUGGACCGGCUCAGGUCUCACAAUACUUCACCGCUACCACAAAAGACUGCAAACAAGAGAAGACGGUGUCCUUCAGAGGACGUGGGUUGAAGGGACAGGAGCUCAGCUGUCCACAGGGCUACACCGGCCUGGUGCUGAAAGAGAUCAACAAACCCGGCUCAGACCAAGAGGACAGGACAGUGAAAGUAUCCUUUGUGUUUGACAAACUGACCUACUGGAACCUCGAGACGCCUCCAAAUUCAGAUGACACAGUGGUGAUGGCGAUGGAUUGGCCUGAGCUGGCCGAGGCGAUCCACGGGCCAGUAGAAGACUGAAGAGACCGACAGAAGUUUCUGUAAAGAGGUGAUGAACUGAUGUCUCCUCAGCAUGUUACAAAGGAAAUGUACAGUUUGCUGGUUACUGACCCAACAGCUGUAGAAACCUUUAGAAAUACAAACCUGUUCAUUAAGUGACAUAAAUAAUGUUUAUACUUUUUGUAUAUGUUCUUUUUGUAGUGAAAUUAAAAAAAAAUAACACUGA